AUGAAGAGCUUAAGGAGAGACGUCUCUUCUAACCCCCAAGCCUCCAAUGUCACCAGCAAAGUCUUCGUGAGGUCCACAAAAAGUGGAAAGGUGCAAAAGAUUGUCCGCGAGCUCUAUCUGCGGCAAGACAUUCCUUGCUCGUCGAAGCUCUGCUCACUAUGCCCCUCGAUCGCUCCAGCGGAUGCAAAUGGAAACAUUACACCGUUCAUCCUCUCCGAUCGUCCCGCCGGUACCAAGGCUUUCCCUCGCGGCCACUACCUUGUUCCCGAUACAAAUGCGCUAUUGAAUGGAAUGGAUCUGUUUGAACACACCGGCGCAUUCUAUGAUGUAAUUGUUUUGCAGACUGUUCUCGAAGAGCUCCGAAACCAGUCGCUCCCUCUCUACAACCGCCUGCUCUCUUUGAUCAAAACCGAUGAGAAGCGCUUCUAUCUCUUCUUUAACGAAUUCCGCCUAGAGACUCACGUGCGCCGAGAGCCAGAGGAGUCAAUCAAUGACCGCAAUGACCGAGCUGUGCGGACCGUGGCAAGCUGGUACGGUGAGCAUCUCCGGGCAUCCGCGAAGAAGGGCAAGAAAGAGAAAUCAAUGCCUGCCAUCGUGGUUAUUACAGACGACAAGGACAACCUCCGGAAAGCCAAAGCCGAAAAUGUUUCUGCUUUGUCGCUAUCUGAUUAUGUGACCGGACUGGAAGACUCAGAGAAGCUGCUGGACAUGAUCAGUGAAGCUCGGGAAGCACGAGAUGCGAAGGGCUCGGCUCGUGGGCAGCUUUUCUAUCCUGAAUAUUACUCCAUGUCGAAGCUCCAGACUGGUCUCCGGGCAGCACACCUACACCAAGGAGUGUUCAAUGUUUCGCCUUACAAUUAUCUGGAAGGUUCAGUCAACGUCCCGGCUUUUGACAAGCCGCUCCUUAUCCUAGGACGUGACAAUAGCAAUCGUGCAAUCGCAGGAGAUUCUGUUGUGAUUGAAGUGUUACCCCAAGAUCAGUGGAAGUCUCCUUCGACAAAGCUUGUAGAUGAAGAGGCAGUGACUCGGAACGAUAACCCUGAUACCGAUGACACCGAAGUUGUUGUGACCGACCGGGAGCGCAAGGCUCUCCAAGAGGAGGUCAAAAAGGCCCACGGAAAGAGCUCCGAAGGAAAGCCGCAGCCAACUGCCAAGGUUGUGGGUGUCAUCAAACGCAACUGGCGCCAGUACGUGGGACAUGUGGACUCCAACUCUGCAGGCUCACAAGCUGCCUCCGGUCGCCGACAACAAACUGUGUUUGUCCUGCCAAUGGACAAGAAAGUUCCCAAGAUUCGGGUUCGGACUCGACAGGCUGGGGAUCUGGUUGGUCACCGUAUCCUUGUGACCAUAGAUGCCUGGGACCGGGAUUCACGCUACCCAUCAGGUCACUUUAUUCGCUCCCUGGGAGAGCUCGAGACAAAGGGCGCGGAAACAGAAGCGCUUCUUCUGGAGUACGAUGUGCAGUACAAACCGUUCCCAAAAUCUGUCUUGGACUGUUUGCCAUCAGAGGGGCAUGGCUGGAUUGUGCCUGCUUCGAAAGAGGAUAAGGGUUGGAAUGGCCGACGUGAUCUCCGUGAUCUCCUCAUCUGCAGUAUCGAUCCUCCGGGCUGCCAGGAUAUUGAUGAUGCUCUUCAUGCGCGCGUCUUACCAAAUGGAAAUUUCGAAGUCGGUGUCCACAUUGCCGAUGUUUCACACUUUGUCAAGCCUAACAACCCAAUGGAUCUUGAAGCCAGUGUUCGCGGAAGUACUGUGUACCUGGUUGACAAGCGUAUUGACAUGCUUCCCCACCUUUUGGGAACUGAUCUGUGCUCACUCAAACCCUAUGUUGAACGUUACGCCUUUUCCGUUAUUUGGGAAGUCACACCAGAAGCAGAGAUUGUUUCUUCAGACUUCACCAAGUCGGUUAUUCGCUCCCGCGAAGCUUUCAGUUAUGAACAAGCCCAACUACGUAUUGACGAUCCCUCCCAAAAGGACGAGCUCACCGAGAGCAUGCGUAAUCUUUUGAAGUUCUCCAAGAUUCUUCGCCAGAAGCGUUACGAUGCUGGUGCCCUCAACCUCGCUUCUCCUGAAGUUCGUAUUGAGGCUGAUGCCGAUGAAGUUGGCGAUCCGCUAGCGGAUGUUAAAACAAAGUCUAUGCUUGCAACCAACAGUCUGGUUGAAGAGUUCAUGCUUCUCGCCAAUACCACUGUUGCCUCCAAGAUCUAUAACUCAUUUUCUCAAACCGCUUUGCUACGACGACACGCCACUCCCCCACCGCAAAAUUUCGAAGAUCUUAUCAACCAGCUCUCCAAGAAGCGCAACAUGGAACUUGAUGUUAGCAGCUCAGGAGCUCUUGCCAACUCACUGGACCGCUGCGUCGACCCAGAGAACCCCUUCUUCAACACCCUUGUCCGUAUCUUGGCCACUCGAUGCAUGACUUCAGCCGAGUACUUCUGCGCCGGAGCCCACGCCGAAUCUGAAUUCCGCCAUUACGGUCUCGCUUCGCCAAUUUACACCCAUUUCACUUCACCAAUUCGUCGAUAUGCUGAUCUGCUUGUCCACCGACAGCUGGCUUCUGCUAUCGGCUACGAAGGCGAGGACGGUCAUGCCGGACUAGAGGGUGUCGCUACACGCGGCAAGCUGGAGGAUAUCUGCCGCAAUAUCAACUACCGCCACCGAAACGCACAGUUUGCUGGCCGUGCUAGUAUCGAAUACUACGUCGGCCAGGCGCUCAAGGCGCGUGGAGAGAAGAUGGCCGUUGAUGGCACUGACAAGGGUGUCGAUGAGGAGGGAUACGUGAUGCGUGUCUUUGAAAACGGUGUCGUUGUCUUUGUUCCUCGAUUCGGUAUCGAGGGUGUGGUACGAUUGGAGGACUUUGUGCUACCGGGAGAGUCUAGUGGUUGGACUGUGACAGAGAGACGGGAACUUGCGCCGCAUCGUACCACUGAAUUUGAUCCAGAGGAAUACACUCUUCGUGUGGAGGAGAAGGGUCAGUCUGCGAAGGAACGAGGCGUGCUUGUCGAGCUCUUCCAGAGAGUUCAUGUCAACGUCAGCUCGGUGAAGGAAGAGGGCCGUGGUGCUGGCAAGCGAAGAGUCCGCGUGCUGAUUACCGGUGCUUCAAGCAAAAAAUAA